GACGUUGAUGUGAGUUGAUGCGAUCAGACUGCAGUGUUGCUGGCUAACACCCCCCUCAGACCUUGCAGCGAUCUUCCAUAAAGGAUUGACAUCUUCAUCAUGGCAAUGCACUUUCCAACUCUGGUUGCUGUGGUGUGUGCUGCAGUCUGUGGAGCCUAUUCACAGUCCAUUGUGUUUGAUGACACUCCUGGAAUGGAGCGCCAGUUUGAUGGAAUUGGAGGUCUAAGUGGCGGUGGUGCUACCUCAAAGCUACUUGUCAACUACCCACAAGAACAGCGUGACCAGAUUCUUGAUUAUCUGUUCAAGCCAAACUUCGGAGCUUCUCUUCACAUUCUUAAAGUAGAAAUUGGAGGAGAUGUCCAGAGUACUGAUGGCACCGAGGCAUCCCAUAUGCACAACAGCUGGGAUGAAAAUUACCAGAGAGGCUAUGAAUGGUGGCUCAUGAAAGAAGCCAAAAAGAGAAAUCCCAACAUUAAACUCUAUGGCUUACCUUGGGGUUUUCCGGGCUGGAUUGGACAAGGUACCCACUCACCAUAUGUCAAUGUCAGUAUGACAGCCGACUACAUUGUCAGGUGGAUCAAUGGUGCUAAAGUGUACCAUAAUUUAACCAUUGAUUAUGUCGGGAUCUGGAAUGAACGGCCAUAUGACAUUGGUUACAUUAAGGCACUGCGCGCAACCUUGGAUGCACGAGGAUUCCAAAACACGCUUGUUAUUGCUGCUGAUGAAGAGUGGGAGAUUGCAACUGACAUUCAAGCGGAUCCUGAACUGGCCAAAAUAGUUCAUGCUAUUGGGUGUCACUACCCAGGCACUCUUUCUGAUCCGGACGCUGUAUACACAGGGAAACAAUUGUGGGCCUCGGAAGAUUAUAGCACUUUCAAUGAUGACGUUGGUGGAGGAUGCUGGGCACGGAUUCUUAAUCAGAAUUACGUCAAUGGCUUGAUGACAGCCACCAUUUCGUGGAACCUGAUAGCCAGCUACUAUGACAACUUGCCGUACUAUGGUAAUGGUUUGAUGACAGCUGUUGAACCAUGGUCAGGCAACUAUGUCGUAGAGACACCCAUCUGGGUUUCAGCACAUACAACACAGUUUGCUUUUGUUGGCUGGAACUAUCUCAAGCAUGGGUACGGAGUUGGGAAACUGCCAAAGGGAGGUUCUUAUGUGGGUCUUGUCAAUCCGACAGGAACAGAACUUACCAUUGUCAUUGAAACUAUGAGCCAUAAUCAUUCCGUGUGUAUUCGACCACCAUUGCCAGCCUACAAUGUUGAGCCCCAAGUUGUCAAUAUUUCAUUGGCAGGAAAAUUCUCCAGCAUCACCAAAAUGAAUGUUUGGUACACCAAACUUGGAUUUGAUGGUGCCAAGGAUAUUUUGUUCGAGAAAAGGGACCAAAUUCAAUUUGUCAAUGGCAAGGCACAACUGAGCCUGGGAUUGGAUGAGGUCAUCACGCUCACGACAAUGACCACGGGUCAGAAGGGUGCUUAUCCUGAGCCGCCUCCUUCUCAGCCCUUCCCCCUCCCUUACACAGAGGACUUUGAAAGCUACUCACUGUAUGAAGAGCCCUUCAAUCUUGCCCAACAAAGUGGAGCAUAUGAAAUCCUUUCUACGAAUAACAACACGUUUGCCCGACAAAUGACAAUAAUGGAGCCAGUCUUCUGGUGCAAAUUCGGGGGAGUCAGUAAAACUGUCAAUGUCAUUGGCAGUACUGACUGGACUGACAUCUAUGUGGCAGUAGACUUCCAACUGCCUGUUAUAAACGGGUCACUGGGUGCCUUUGUGGCUGCACGAGUGGACCAGGGAGGUUGUGAGGCCUUCUCAGCUCAGGGAAUCUUCUUGUUUGCCUUCCCGGAUAGGUACAUCGUGGCUAAUGACUUGGCUCGGACAAAAACCCUCAAGGAGGGAUAUCUGGCUUUCGAGGCAGGAGAGUGGCACAGACUGGGCCUGCUGGUUCAGGAUGGCAACGUUCAGGGAAGCUUUGAUAAUAAAAUUCUGUUCAACAUGACUGUCCCAGUCGUGCCCAUUAGUGGAUUUGCUGCUAUCGGCACAGACUCAUUUGGACUUGCAGAUUUCGAUAACCUACAGCUGACUGGACCUUCUGAAGGGCACAAGAUAAUGUCGAAGCAUUUACUCUCUAAGUCUUUGUACUUUGAGAAAGAGCAUCACUAAUGGGCUUCAGUAACCACAUCCUGUGGUUUAUAUCAUACAGAGUGCACUUCCUUACCAACAGCUUUUACUUUCAUUUAUGGACAUGCAGCUCAAUAAGCUGAGAGGGUGUUUUGCUUCAUUUUAAGGUAGAGAGAGAGAGAGAGAGAGAGAGAGAGAGAGAGAGAGAGAGAGAGAGAGAGAGUAUUUUAUUUUUUUUACAAAAUUCUUAUUUGUUCCCAAGUUCUAAGUCUUGCACUCAACAACAGUGCUGAAGAAGGAGGAGGCAGCACAGCUCAUGCUGCUACAUUAUUGACCCGUUUACAAAAAAAAAUACACUCAAAUGAGAAAUGCUGAGGAGAAAUGCGUGAUUUGAGAAUGUGGUGAAUGGGAGCCAAAAUACAACUUUAGAUGUUAAAAUGUUUAACAAAUGAUUUUUCAUUAUUCACAAAAUUUACUUUGAAAAUACUGUACCUCAAGUUUUUGGAACUGAUUUGUGCAUUUUGAGAUGAAAAGUAGAUGCCAUUAUCUCCAAACCUGUGCACCUCUUUACAGCAGGGUAUAUUGCCAAUAUUGGUGUAUUAACUCUCCCUCAGUCUCAUUUUCAUACCACCACUGAAUGCCCACCGUGACGAAACCUCUUUUACUUUCAACUGUCAAUGCUGAGAAAGCAUAGUCUUCAUCAUGCGCAGUUAAUCAUUGUAUGACUGGCGCUCAUAUGACCUUAUGCAGUUGCGAGCGCCGUAAAACCUCUACUAAAACUCAUUGUAUGAAGGUAUCCACUAGGCAGAGGAAAUACUCCUGCUUUAGAUCCUGGGAGGUUUGAAAUUCAGUCUCUCUUUCUUUGAGCACUGUUUUAAAGGCUUUGUAUUAUUGAGCAUAAUUGGUCACAUCUCUGAAAAGACAUAAUUAAUAAAGUAAAGGGGGUGAUUCUUUCUCUUUAAAAUUUGAAUCCUCAAAUCAAAGGCCCAAAAAAGGAUUAGUAGAUCUAUGUGUUAGCACUGGUAUUGGUAUAGAACGUGAAGAGGUGCCACAGUAGACACUGGUUUUGUAUGAUUCUGUUUCAGACUAUGAUUCACUGAGAAUUAUUAUUAUUAUAAAUUAUCACUAAAGCAGAUGGACGUCGCUCCCUUACCAGUCCACUAUCUCUAUUCCCGACCUGACACCCCCCC